AUGAAGCUGUUCUUGGUUUUGGUGUUGGUCGGUGUGGCGUUGACACUGCCCGUGAAAAACCAACAUGCAGAAAGAACAAUUUACUACCACGAAGCCAUCGGUAUUAAACAAGCUGCCCGCAUAAAGGCAGCAGAAAAAUCCACUGACUUCUCCGGCGUCAGAAUCGUCGGAGGCUCCGAUGCUGCCCUGGGCCAAUUCACAUUUGUUGGUGGACUGGUCAUCACUUUGUUGUCAGGUGAGACCUCGGUCUGCGGAGCCACGAUGCUUAGAAACAACCGCGCGGUCACUGCCGCUGAGUGCUGGUGGGACGGAAGGAACCAUGCUACGCAGUUCACUGUUGUUUAUGGGUCCCUUACUCUAUUCAGUGGAGGCACUAGAGUAAACGCUUCCAGCGUGGUAAUGCAUUACGGUUUUGACCCCAACAUGAUAGAGAAUGACGUAGCCAUCAUCAGGCACGGUCACGUGGGAUACACCAACAACAUCCGCGCUAUUCCCGUGGCAUCUGGCUCCAAUCUGUUCGUGGGUGUGAAUGCGCAGGCGGUUGGCUUCGGACGUCAAGCAGACAACGAAGGCGUCGGCACAAACCAACAGCUCCACCACGUUACUCUCCCAGUGAUAACCAACGCAAUUUGCUCGAACACGUACGGCCCAAUUCCUGCUUCUAACAUCUGUACUUCUGGUGCUGGAGGACGUUCUACUUGCAGCGGAGACUCUGGUGGUCCUUUGGCAUACAACGGGCAACUGAUCGGUAUCGUGUCCUUCGGCCAUCGCGCGGGCUGCCAAUUAGGCCACCCGCAAGCUUUCGCCAGGGUAACUACCUUCCACUCCUGGAUCACAUCCAGGCUGUGAAUCUGUGAAGACCA